GUUUUCGCUCUGAGGGGAAGUUAGGAGGGACAGAGGGGGUGCUGUGUGGGGCAGAAAUUUCAGUUUUAUAGAAGUAGCCGCGAAUAAAACUUGGUGACUAAUAUUCCCCUAAACGGCCGUCGGUACGGAAAAGCGGAGAGCGCUGCACUUGGCGCGGCCUUCAGGAUUGGAACAACGUGAAAAGCACUCUGCAGUUACGUGAGAGAUCUUAUUGGCUGUGUCCUCCCUGUUCUUUUGAAGUUCUAAGAGCAACCAGUUGAGAACCGCCCAUUAGUCCUGAGCAGAAACUGGAUUGAGAUUAUGGCAAAUCGCGGAGGAGCUACACGGCCGAAUGGAGCAAACACCGGGAACAAGAUCUGCCAGUUUAAGUUAGUGCUUCUAGGGGAAUCUGCAGUGGGGAAAUCAAGCCUUGUGCUCCGUUUUGUUAAGGGACAGUUCCAUGAGUUCCAGGAGAGCACAAUAGGAGCGGCCUUCCUGACCCAGACAGUUUGUUUGGAUGAUACAACGGUGAAGUUUGAGAUCUGGGACACAGCUGGACAGGAACGUUACCACAGUUUAGCACCCAUGUACUACAGAGGUGCGCAGGCCGCCAUUGUGGUGUAUGACAUCACAAACAAAGAAUCAUUUGCACGUGCAAAAAACUGGGUGAAAGAACUUCAAAGACAAGCAAGUCCCAGUAUUGUUAUGGCUUUGGCUGGGAACAAGGCUGACCUCGCAAACAAGAGGGCUGUGGACUUUCAGGAAGCGCAGUCAUAUGCAGAUGAAAACAGUUUACUGUUCAUGGAGACGUCUGCAAAAACCUCAGUGAAUGUGAAUGACAUCUUCAUGGAAAUUGCAAAGAGGUUGCCCAAGAAUGAAGCCCAAGCUUCUGGGCCGGGCGCUGGCAGAACCCGGGGUGUGGACCUAACUGAGACAGCCCAGCCCAGCAAGAGCUCCUGCUGUAGUAGUAACUAACCCGAUUUCUUCUACUCCUCCAAGCUUACCUCACUUUCUAACUGAGUAACACUCGGACUGGAACCACUUCAUCCCAAACCAGCUCUCUGGAAUAGUAAAAGACUGUGUAGCUGCAUUUCUAAUACUUUUAAACUUUUUUUUACACGAUCUCAGAGAUUAUGAACGCACGUAUCACUACAAGGCCGAAACAUUUUUUUUUGACAGUUCAGAAAUAUGCUAUUAAACUAACAAUUGUAAAGAUGACGACAGAAAAGGCAAAGGAUGGCUGACUGGUGGAGGAGGAGAGGUGGACUUCAAUUCCACUCUCCUAAUGAGGUUAAGUUCCCUGUACCCCAUUUCCCCGGAUGUUAAUGGUGUUAGUGACAGCUUUUUAGCGUUUGCCCCAUCUGUGCAUGCCAAGUCCUCAGGCAGCAUUGUGCAGCAGCAUACAGUAUCGAUGCAGUUUAUACCUGAACCCACAGCAUUUCUCUACUCGGUUGGUUCAUUUGCAGCAGAAUGUUUUAGUUAACUGUCAAGUGUAACUGCGGGGGUCAGCUAGCAGAUGUGACUGUUGGGCGCAUGUUCUCUAAUUCAGCACAGCAUUCCAUUUUAAAGUUUUAAAGACAUGUCGUAGAUCUGGAAUUUCCUAAGCGCAAUGUCUGUUUAUGUUACAUUUUGUGCUUAAGAAAAAUCUCAGACAAUUAUCUAAAAACCCAGUCCACAGGUUCUGAGUAUCAUACAGAAGUCUUGGUUUUAUGCUUUGUUCAUAGAAAGCGUAGAUAUUCUACAAUUUCCAUAUUGCGUAAUAUAAAUAUGCUGUGAACAGGAUGUUGUGGUGUAGUGUACAAUGUAAGGCGUGGGAGGUUAAGGUUUUCUUGGGGCUUAGAUUAAUCAAGCCAACAUGAGCAGAAGCAGAGCUACAGUGGGUUUGGAUUUUCUUACGUUUAAAUUAUAUUAAAUGAUGGUGUUUAUAAAUGUAAGUAGUGUUCAGAGAUGAUUUUGCAUUUUCUUAAUGCCCUACCUUUUAUAUUAAUAUGUUGGAACAUGUCAUUAAACUAUAACAGCCCAUGUAGGAGACCAUAUACAAUUGAAAUCUGUUAUAUCGGAUUUAUCACAAGUAGCUUGACUGGACUUUCCGACAUUCUUUUGCAGCUGAGCUCAUGUAAUUAAUGAUGUCAUUGUCAGUUAUCCUCUCUAAUGUUUAUUCAUUAACUUAUGAAUAAAUUGGUUCAUAAACAA